AGCAUAUUAUAUAGUGGUGUUAGUUCUGCUGUACUACUAGAUUUAGUUCACUAUGGUAUAUCUUUAGAGAACACUAAAAAACUAAGAAUAAUACCACAUUUUCUACAUUUGUUUGAUGAUAAUGCCCGAGAUGUAACUGAAUCAAUAGUAAAUCAAUGUCAAAAGUACAAUUUUAAUGUUUAUUUUGUGCAUAUUUCUGAUUAUUUGAAUAAUGAUGCUGUAUUGCCUGAAUCUAAUCAAGUUGUAGCUGUAAAUGAAGAAGAUAUAAAGAAAUUUACUAAAUUUCUGAAUUGUAUGCCAGCAACAGCAGCAAAUGAUUAUCUAUUAAAGAUUAAACGUGAUUUGUUUUUAAAAUAUGCAAAGAAAUUAAACUGUACUGCUAUUUUUACUGCAGAAACAACAAAUACUUUGGCAAUAAACUUACUUUGUAAUAUCGCCAUUGGUCGAGGAUCACAAGUUCAAAAUGAUGUGGGUUUCUGUGACAUUCGAGAUGAUCAAGUCAAAAUUCUAAGGCCCAUGAAAGACAUUGGUAAAGAGGAAUUGGAUUACUAUAUGAAAAUAAAGAAGUUGGAUCCUGUAUUUAAAAAAAAUGUGAAAAGCAGCAGUCUACAGUCAGCUAUUGCUUCAUUUGUAUCAGACCUGCAAGAAAAUUUUCAAUCUACCAUAUCAACCGUUUGUAAAACUGCUGAUAAAAUUGGAGAUUAUGAUGCAGACAAAGCAUCUCGAAAAUGCAGAAUUUGCAAGAGUGAUUUAAACAAGAAGAACAUGAAACUAUCAGCUCUUGAAGCCACUAACAUAUCAAAAACAGUUUCGUUUGGAAACAGGCACUUUAAACAAGAUUUAGAAAAGAAUUCGGAACUUCUAAGUAUGCUCGAAAACGACACUCAAAAUAUGUUUCCAUUAAUAUAUAAACAUCUAUGUUACGGGUGUAGUAGAAAUCACUCUGAAAUGAGUAAGCCAGAAUUGCUCCACAUUGGUUAAUUAUUAUUUUGAUUACCUCAACUAUGUACCUACCUAUUUAUAAAUAAAAUUAAUUGCCAACAUUUA